AUGUCCGACCAGCCCGCAUCUUCCCCGACGCCUACUGCCAUAGAAAACUGCGCCCCGUGCACGCCUAUGGACAGUUCACCAGCUGGCGCGACAUCAAGCUGCCCAAACUGUACACAGCUGCACAGCGACGUCGUCAAGUCGGUCGCGAGCAUUAACAGCAAGUUGGACCAGAUUAUGAUGAGAGUCGAAACACUGUUCGCUGAACGUCAACAAACCCCCAGCCCGCAUCAUAAUGAAGCCACCCCGAGCCCGAUGCCCUUGCAGAACAACCUGGCGGCCAUUUUGAAUGGAGUCCAGCAAAGCAACCGAAAGCGGAAGCCGCCGAAGGAACCGAAGCACGACCAGGUGAACAAGCUGGAGGCGCUGCACAACAUGUUGAUCAAGGUGGAAGCGAACAAUCAGUCGCCCGUCGUCGAGCAGAAGCUUGAAAGCAUGAAAGCCGAAACCCCCUCGACACCUGCCCCCACUUCCGUCCCAGCCACUCCCCCAGCCAGUAAGCUAUAUUCUGAUACUACGGCUAUCCUGGCCCCGAGACAGUAUUAUUUUGGCCUGUUGUGCCAGCAGGGCGCGGCCCUUGGCGUUGAGGCGUUGUUCCCGAUUGGACCUCAAUCAAACACCGAGGCGACGCUGAACUUGGCGAACAUGAUGUACGCGGCGAACAUGGCGCGGAAUGAAGGCAUGCCCGACCUGGCACAACAACAACAGUUCCUGAACCUUUUGAUGCAGCAGUCGAUUAACCAAUCCCAGCAGCAGGAGGAGAACCAGCAGCAGCCCGAGCGGCAGGAGGAAACCCACGACGCGAGCGUGUCGCGGUGCAGCAACUGCAGCACGACCAAGACGACGGCGUGGCGACGGGACUACGAGGGGAAACUCGUGUGCAACGCCUGCGGGUUGUACUUCCGCUUGCACAAGACGCACCGCCCUGUCCACAUGCGCAAAGACUUCAUCCAGCAGCGCUUCCGGCGCCGUGACCGCAACGAUGGUUCGACCUCGCCGUCGGCCAUGCUCAACCAGCUACUCUCGCUGAGCCAAGCCCAAGUCCCGGUCUCCAUGCCCCCGUUCAACUUCUUCGACCAAUUGACGCAAAGCCUCGCCAGCAACGGGCAUCAGCUCGACCUCAGCGGGUCCGCCAACGUC